ACAAUAUUCUUUCAAGUCAUUUUCAACAGUUUGCUUAUAAGAAAAUAUUGUAACUGAAGAACAUGUAAACAUGUCUUCAUCUUUUUAUCUUGAUUUUAGGAUGUUUAUUAGAGAUAAUAAUAAUAUCCUCUGGAAGUGUAGGUCACACUUUUUACGUAGCAAACUCCAUCCAUUGGUGAGGAAGACUGUGAGAUGCAGACUGAAAGCUCCAGAAGAAGAUAGAAAUCUCAAAAGAAACUGCACGAUGACGGACUAUCAGCUCGACAACAAGAUCGACAACAGCGCCCUCUGGAUCAAAGAGGCUCCCCCCGUCUCUUUCUCGGGGGUCUCCAGGUUCAGGCGCUGGUUGUUUCCUGCUCUGACAGCAACGUUCAUCCUGAUUCUGAUCAUAGUACUGGGAGUCAGCAACAUGAGGACAUCGACUCGUCUGUGGUCUGUGGAGCAGAGUGUGUCCAACCUGAGCAACGUCAUCCAAUCACUGAACACCUCACUGCAGCACGCUCAGGAAAGAGCGAAAGAAGUUAAGAAGCUGCAGUUUGCUGUGGAGAACAACAAGGAUCAGCUGACCUCAGUGUCGGAGGCGUUGAAGCAGCUGUCGGCCGUGGAUUCUCUCAGCAGGAGCAUCGCUUCGCUCAGAUGCUCCCUCGAGCACAUCAUAAACAACAGUACACACACACACACACACACACACACACACACGCACACGGUUGUAUAUCUGAAGUACACGUGCAGACAGACAGAUGCUCACACCUGUCUGUCUGACUGUCUCUCAGGCUCUGCAGCGGGCGGUUGUUGUCCUCUGGGUUGGGAGGAGUUCGACUUCAGCUGUUAUUUCUUCAGCAGUCUGACUCUGUCCUGGAACGAGUCCAGAGCCUGGUGCGACCAACAGGAAGCUCACCUGCUCAUCCUGCACAGCGACAAGGCGUGGGACUUUGUGACCCGUCGCACCACUCAUGGUCUAUUCUGGGUCGGUCUGUCCGACUGGAGAACCGGGCAGUGGGAGUGGGUCAACCAGACCCCGUACACCAUGGAGCGCAGGCGCUGGGUGCCCGGUCAGCCCGACGGCUGGGUCGAUCAUGGUCUGGGCGCCGGGGACGAAGACUGCGCUCACCUGCACGCCAGCGGACACUUCAACGACCUGCACUGCUCCACAAAGAUGCGUUUCGUGUGCCAGAGACACAGCAUGCGCCCAUAAACAAGCCAAGGCAAUAACAACACAACAACAAACAAAAACAAGAACAAACAAGAACAAGAACAAAAACAAAAACAAAAACAAGAACAAACAAAAACAA